ACAUCUCACUAAGCUGCAAUGGAAGCAUGGAAUCCUUAGCAAUCAGCAAUCUCUCAAAUCUCGAGGCAUGGUUUUGUGUGAGCCAGGGACUGGAACUCGGGCAGAAGAAAAACUGGGUAGCACUGUUGAUCAUGUUAAUCGUGGUCAUCACCAUCACAGGGAACAUCCUGGUCAUCAUGGCUGUCACAAUGGAGCGAAAACUGCAGAAUGCCACCAACUACUUCUUCAUGUCACUGGCUGUAGCUGACAUGCUGUUGGGUUUCCUCAUCAUGCCCAUUUCCAUGGUGACUAUCUUGUAUGGAUACUCGUGGCCAUUCCCAGACAUCCUGUGCCCAUUGUGGAUCUACCUCGAUGUGCUGUUGUCCACAGCAUCCAUCAUGCAUCUGUGUGCAAUCUCAGUAGAUCGCUACAUUGCUAUCCGCAAUCCAAUAGCCCACAGCCGUGCCAAGUCUCCAUGGCGUGCCCGUGCCAAGAUCACUGCAGUCUGGACCAUCUCUGCCAGUAUCUCCAUGCCCAUUCCAGUCAUAGGCCUCCAAGACCACACGAAAGUGUUCAAAGAAGAAAGCUGCUUUCUGACUGACAGUUCAUUUGUACUUAUCGGCUCCUUUAUGGCCUUCUUCAUGCCAUUGACCAUCAUGGUGGUAACAUACUUCCUGACCAUAAAUGCCCUCCAGAGUGAAGCCACACUUUGCUUGGACCAGUUGGUGCCACGACCCAGGUGGAAUGGUAGUUUGGCGCUGAGCUUUCUCCCUAAUGAUAAGAAGCUGUUUCUGCGGCGCUCGUUGACCAUCAGCAAUGAACAGAAGGCAUCUAAAGUACUGGGCAUUGUCUUUAUUCUUUUUGUCAUCAUGUGGGGCCCGUUUUUUGUUACCAAUGUCUUGGUGGCUGUGUGUGACUCCACCAUCUGCCACAAUGACAUCAUCAAUGUGCUCCAUAAUGUUUUUGUGUGGGUUGGAUACCUGUCAUCAGCGGUGAAUCCACUGGUCUACACUCUCUUCAAUAAAACAUAUCGUUCUGCCUUCGCUAGAUAUAUGAGAUGUCAGUAUAGAGAGAAGAGAAAACCACUGAGGCUUAUUCUAAUCAACACUAUCCCUCCGUUAGCAUAUCAGUCAGUGCUAGCUGAGGCUCUGGGAGAAUUCUCCUCACCACUUCCAAGUAAAAAGCCACAACCUUGUAAAAGAAUCCCUGAGGAAAGUGUUACUUGUGUGUGA